CCCUUUUCUUCUUUCUUACUUACUGUCUCAGUCAAUCCGGGUCUCUGGCCACAACAAAGUACUUCGUUUUUACCCACUUUUAACACUUACAACUACUCAUCACCAGCCAUUAUGGAUUCGGAGAAGACUCAACAAGGCGAUUUUUGCCGCACCAUCCAUGAUGAAAGCUUAUCAGAGGAAUCUAUCUCGGUCAACGAACCUCAUCAUUUGAAGCGUAACCUUAAGGCCCGUCAUAUUCAGAUGAUUGCCCUUGGUGGUACCAUUGGUACGGGUCUUUUCGUUGCUUCGGGAAAAGCCAUCGCCACAGGUGGACCUGCUGGUUCUUUGCUCGCUUACAUGGUUGUUGGUAUUCUUGUCUUUUGCGUCAUGAUGUCGCUUGGUGAAAUGGCCGCUUUCAUUCCUAUUGCUGGAAGUUUUGGUCAUUUUGCCACUCGAUAUGUCGAUUCCUCUAUGGGAUUUUGCGUCGGAUGGGUCUACUGGGCCAAUUGGGCUGUCGGUGUCGCUGUCGAAUUAACUGGAGUUGCUAUGAUCAUGGAAUACUGGAUCGAUAGCAUCAACAGUGUUGUAUGGAGUAUUAUCGCCCUCGUCAUUGUCGCUUGUUUCAAUUUGUUUUCCGUCAAAGGCUAUGGCGAAGUCGAAUACUGGUUCUCGUUCGUUAAAGUCGUCACUGUCGUCAUUUUCAUUAUUGUCGGGCUUUGUGUCGACACUGGAUCGAUUGGCGGUACGAACUAUGGCGCUAGUAACUGGCACAUUCCCGGUGCUCCAUUCCACGAUGGUUUCCUUGGUUUCUUCAACUGUCUUAUCGCUGCCGCCUUCUCCUUCAAUGGUGUGGAAAUUGUCGGUAUUACAGCUGGAGAAAGUGCCAACCCCCAUAAGACUGUUCCCUCCGCCGUCAAGCAGGUCUUUGUCAGAAUCGUCUUGUUCUACGUUAUGACCAUUCUCGUCAUCGGUCUGAACAUUCCAUAUACCGAUCCACGACUUUUGAGUGCUUCUGGAACAAACGUCGCUGUUUCUCCAUUCACGCUCGUCUUCGAAAUGGCUGGUGCCGCUUGGGCAGCUGACGUGAUGAAUGCUAUUUUACUGGUUACCAUGAUUUCCGCUGCCAACAGUGGUGUCUACUCUUCCAGCCGUACCCUUAUGGCUUUAGCUCAGGACGGAAAGGCUCCCAAGUUCUUCACCUUUGUCAAUCGCUUUGGUAUUCCUAUCUGGGCUGUGUUAGCCAGUUGCUUGAUUGGUUGUCUUGCCUUUUUGACCUCCCUCUUCGGAUCCGGCGUCGUCUUCAACUGGCUCACCAAUUUGACCAGUGUUGCUGGUUUGAUCACAUGGGUUAUCAUUUCUCUUACCCAUCUUCGAUUCAGAAAGGGACUUUUGGCACAAGGCUAUGACCUCAAGAGCCUUCCUUAUGUUUCCUUGCUUCAUCCUUUCUGCGACAUCUUCUCCAUUGUCAUUGGUAUCAUCGUUAUCUUUGGUCAAGGUUACAAGACUUUCACUACAAACCCCAUCGAUGCCAGCAACGUCAUUGCCGCCUAUAUCGGUCUCAUCUUUGGUAUCGUUCUCUAUGUUGGUCAUAAGGUCGUUCGUCGCCCCGCUUUUGUAAAAUUGCAUGAGAUGGAUUUCGAAACUGGUCGUAUUCCACGAACCAAGGAAGAGGAAGAUGGCACUGAUGGAAUGUAUGAUGAAAACGGUAACCCUGUUCCCAGAUGGAAGAGGUACUACCGCAAGGCACUCAACAUCAUCGCCUAAAUAUGCAUCACAAAUUCACGGACCCAAUGCUUUUUUCAACAAAAUAACAUUGUACAUACUUCUAUAUCCAUUCAAUUUAUGCUCUAUUGACUCAUCAAUUGUCACCUCAAUAUCAGUAUACAGAAUGAUAGCCAUUUUUUUUAUCUUUGUAUAUUAUAAACCCUUAGAAUAAAAUUCAAGAAACACUAUUUUUUCAACAAAUCA